GUUGGCCGUUAAGUUCACUGCCUCUCUCGUGGUUCCAUUUUAAUGACCGUGACUGAAUGACUGAGUGACAGUCACUUAUGGAAGGGUUCUCAUAAACUUGUAAUUUCUUACUGUGUCAUCACGCCAGGACUCCUUAAAAGUGUCAUGAAGGUUAAAGUACACUUCACUUGAACUCCGCAUUCUGCCAUGUGGGGAAAAUAAUUUUUUUCGCGACAUUUGGAUUCAAAGUUUGAUCGGCGCUUAUAAAGUUGUAAUUACAGGACAGUUUGAGGCUAUUUUCCAUCCAUCCAUCCAUUUUCUACCGCUUAUUCCCUUUCGGGGUCGCUAUUUUGUUAACAAUUUAAGAGGAAUCUCAGGAGCCAUGGAGGAAGCUGACAACAGUACCAUUGAUCCAGCUUGUUUACAGGAGCCCCCGUUGGCAAUGGAUGUUCUAAAGCGUAAGUGUUUCCUAUCACAAAGCCACACUGUGGAUCUGUGAGCCUCAAAUGUCUAUUAUGAUACUGCUUUUUAUGUAUGUCGUCUUCACCUUCUCAGCCCAAAAUAACUAGUAACAACAGACUUUUAAGCUGCAAUACACUUCCUGUUAUACGAAUCAGGCUUACGAUUUACAAUUUCUUAUUUCAUGUGCCACUCAUUGUAAACUUUACAUUGACCCCACUCUACUAUUUUGGGUUGUUCCCUUCAGAGCUAGAUGCAUUUGGGAUGUGCCUGUACGCCAUGCUCACCUUCAUGUCCUGCAUCUCCCUGCUUCUCUACUUGGAGCAGUGUGUUUACAUCCAUAAGAAACUGCCCUACCCCAAAAAGACCACCAUCAUGUGGGUCAAUGGAGCUGCUCCGGUCAUUGCGACUAUGGCUUGUUUCGGGAUGUGGAUCCCCAGGGCCGUCAUGUUUACGGAUAUGACGUCAAACUGUUAUUUUGCAGUGGUGGUGUACAAAGUGUUGGUCCUUCUGAUAGAGGAGUUGGGUGGCAGCAGUGUGUUUCUGAAGCGCUUUUCUGGAAAAACUUUCAAGAUAACAACAGGGCCGUGCUGCUGCUGCUGCCUGUGUUUACCUCGCGUGCCCAUGACACGGCGAUUGCUAUUCUUGCUGAAGUUGGGUGCACUUCAGUAUGCCAUCCUAAAGACUGUGCUCAGUGUCCUCUCCAUUAUACUGUGGACAAACGGCUACUUUGACCUCUCUGAUUUGGAUAUCACGGGCACAGCAAUUUGGAUCAACCCAUUCAUUGGCAUUCUCACCAUUACCUCCUUGUGGCCUGUAGCCAUCGUCUUUAUGAACACCAACAGCUUUCUACGCAUGAUCAAUAUUGUGCCCAAAUAUGCCAUGUACCAACUAAUACUUGUAUUAAGCCAGCUGCAGACAUCCAUCAUCAACAUCCUGGCUCUGGACGGAACCAUUGCCUGCGCCCCUCCUUUCUCUUCGCAAGCUCGUGGAUCUAUGCUAAGUCAGCAGAUGAUGAUCAUGGAGAUGUUCAUCAUCACCCUGGUCACUCGCUUUUUCUACCGUCGUAGUUAUGACACGCUUGCCUGUGAAGCACAUGACAGCAACCACCAGAAGGACGGAGUUUCCCUGCAAGCUGCUCACAUGGAGCACAAUGUCUGAACGAGUGCGUCUCAAAGAGGCUCUUUAUCCGAGGUACCGGCGACUUAAUCAGGUUAUGUGAUGCAACACUACUUCAUUGUCACUUGGAAGGGUAUCAUUCCACUAAUUAUCAUUUGAAUAAACUUUGAAAGUUGAGUUUUUAAGCUCAUCCAGCAUUUUGGAGAAGUAACAAAAAACAACGAAAACAUUUUCACAGGAUGCACUAAAUUUUAAAGUAAAAAGCGUACCAUUAAGAAUCAUCGUGCAUUUUAGAGUAUAUAGUUAUCAGACACUUUAUUAGGAACACCUGCACAAUAUAUUAAGACUAUCAAAAUAUCAAUAAUGCUAACUAUUAUAUUGUAUUAUUGUAGCCGCAUCAUAUUCCUCAAUGAUGUACAGUGGGGCAAAAAAGUAUUUAGUCAGUCACCGAUUGUGCAAGUUCUCCCACUUAAAAUGAUGACAGAGGUCUGUAAUUUUCAUCAUAGGUACACUUCAACUGUGAGAGACAGAAUGUGAAAAAAAAUCCAGGAAUUCACAUUGUAGGAAUUUUAAAUAAUUUAUUUGUAAAUUAUGUUGGAAUUCAGUAUUUGGUUAAUAACAAAAAUUCAACUCAAUGCUUUGUAAUAUAACCUCUGUUGGCAAUAACAGAGGUCAAACGAUUACUAUAGGUCUUCACUAGGUUUGCACACACAGUAGCUGGUAUUUCGGCCCAUUCCUCCAUGCAGAUCUUCUCGAAAGCAUUCAUGUUUUGGGGCUGUCGCCGAGCAACGCAGACGUUCAACUCCCUCCACAGAUUUUUUAUGGGGUUGAGGUCUGGAUAUUGGCUAGGCCACUCCAGGACUUUCAAAUGCUUCUUACGGAGCCACUCUUUCGUUGCCCGGGCGGUGUGUUUGGGAUCAUUGUCAUGCUGGAGGACCCAGCCACGUUUCAUCUUCAAAGUUCUCACUGAUGGAAGGAGGUUUUGGCUCAAAAUCUCACGAUACAUGGCCCCAUUCAUUAUUUCCUUAACACAGAUCAAUUGUCCUGUCCCCUUAGCAGAAUAACAGCCCCAAAGCAUCAUGUUUCCACCCCCAUGCUUCACAGUUGGUAUGGUGUUCUUGGGAUGCCACUCAGUAUUCUUCUUCCUCCAAACACGACGAGUUGAGUUUAUACCAAAAAGUUCUAUUUUGGUUUCAUCUGACCACAUGACAUUCUCCCAAUCCUCUGCUGUAUCAUCCAUGUGCUCUCUGGCAAACUUCAGACGGGCCUGGACAUGUACUGGCUUAAGCAGGGGACACGUCUGGCACUGCAGGAUUUGAUUCCCUGUCGGCGUAGUGUGUUACUGAUGGUAACCUUUGUUACUUUGGUCCCAGCUGUCUGCAGGUCAUUUACCAGGUCCCCCCGUGUGGUUCUGGGAUUUUUGCUCACCGUUCUCAUGAUCAUUUUGACCCCACGUGAUGAGAUCUUGCGUGGAGCCUGAGAUCGUGGGAGAUUAUCAGUGGUCUUGUAUGUCUUCCAUUUUCUGAUGAUUGCUCCCACAGUUGAUUUUUUCACACCAAGCUGCUUGCCUAUUGUAGAUUCACUCUUCCCAGUGCAAGUCUACAAUUCUUUUCCUGGUGUCCUUCAACAGCUCUUUGAUCUUGGCCAUAGUGGAGUUUGGAGUCUGACUGUUUGAGGCUGUGGACAGGUGUCUUUUAUACAGAUAACGAGUUCAAACAAGUGCCAUUAAUACAGGUAACGAGUGGAGCACAGGAGAGCUUCUUAAAGAAGAAGUUACAGGUCUAAGAGAGUUAGAUAUCUUCCUUGUUUGAAGUGACCAAAUAUUUAUUUUCCACCAUAAUUUACAAAGAAAUUCUUUAAAAUUCCUACAAUGUGAAUUCCUGGAUUUUUUUUUUUUAACAUUCUGUCUCUCACAGUGGAAGUGUACCUAUGAUGAAAAUUGCAGACCUCUGUCAUUAUUUUAAGUGGGAGACAUACUUGCCAACCCUGCCGGAUUUUCCGGGAGACACCCGAAAUUCAGCGCCUCUCUUGAAAACCUCCCGGAAGAAAUUUUCUCCUGAAAUUCAGCCGGAGAUGUUGUAACGGGAUUGGGCAGGCAAGCUGUUUAUAUAGUGGGAAAGCGGUUGUGAAAACAGGCUGUCACCACUCAGGUCCGCAAGGAGCUGGAGGGGGCAUGGCCUCCCAAUCCCGUUACAACAUCUACGGAUUUCAAUAAAAAACUGCAGACGAAGCAGAAGAACGAGGAAGUUACAGCCAUGGCGACGCCGUCUGUAAUAGAGUGAUUCUAUGUUUUCUGUUACCAUCCCCUGGUGAAUGUUGGCUAUAGCGUUAUGGGGUUGCUUAUUGAUUGGCCAACGAUUUACGUGGUGUUGGGUACCUGACGGCAAGUGAGGGAGUCUGUUCUGAAGCCCACAGUAAAGAGACAUAACUUCAUCACCUCGCCUGGUUAUUGACUCCAACCCAAUAUAUUACACCGUCAACGAGCAAAAUGAAGAAAUAAAUGGCAGAACAAAAGUUACUCAAAUAGUGAAAGGUAAGUGGUGGUGUUGUUUUUUAGUAAUCAGCAAGCACAGUACAGUUAGUAGAACAACUGUGUUUUUAUUACUGUUGUAUUUGAUAGGUGCUGUCUGAAAUUCAAUUUUUUAUUUUAUUUAUAUAUAUAUAAUAAAAUAAAUAUAUAUAGCUAGAAUUCACUGAAAGUCAAGUAUUUCAUACAUAUAUAUAUAUUUAUAUAUAUGAAAUACUCAAGUUGGUGAAUUGUAGAUGUACUGUAAAUAUACUCUUCCCCUUUUAACCACGCCAACCCCCCCCCCACCCCCCCCCCCCCCCCACCUCUCGAAAUCGGAGGUCUCAAGGUUGGCAAGUAUGGUGGGAGAACUUGCACAACCGGUGGCUGACUAAAUACUCUUUUGCCCCACUGUAUGUACCGUAUUUUUCAGACUAUAAGUCGCUACUUUUUCCCAUGCUUUGUACCCGGUGCGGCCAAUGUAUGGAUUUUUCUUUGUUAAUGGCCAUAAUGUUUUGUAUUCAACAAAUACUUUUCAUAAAACACGGACAGAGACAUUGAACAUGUGGUAUUGUUUGUGCUGAAGGAACUAUCUUUUGGACGAGUUUGCUCACUGGAGGUGGUGCAAGUUACAAAUGUACUUCCUGUUUUGUUCAUUUAACCAAACGUAUUCGUCUACCGCGUUUCUGCUCAAAUGGAUUCUUCAUUUAUCAUUCCAAGCAACGUUUGUAAGUUAUACAAUAUCACUAAAACAAUUCAUACUUACUAAAACCUCCUGUGUGUGAUGUCUGUAGGAGUGUUAUAAUGCAUAUCUGUACACUAUAUUGUAAUGUAAUCAAGCUAGCGUUGUUAGCAUUAGCGAAUAUGCUAACACGUUUGCAAGUGUCUGUGUUAGUAUUAUUAACUUACAAUGGCUUUCUUUUUGUAUUGUUUCGGUUUUGUAAAUUCAACAAAACGUUACCGUGGAGUUAUUGAGUCUGCUUAGCGGAUUGGAGAACUUGCUUCUUCAGCUAGCGGGUCCAUAACAAUGACUUACUGAAUGUUUUUAUAAUUAGCCAUUUUACUGCCGUGUUACAGGGACCAUUUGGAAACAAUUAAGGUAUGUAAAUAAAUAUUUACAAAAUAUUUCGUUGCAGGUAUAUAUCUGUAGCUUAUAGUGCAGUGCAGCAACUAUAUGUAAACAUGUAUUUCUUCUAAAAUUUGGGGAGUGCAGCUUCAAUGCCAGUGCGCUCCACAGCCCGAAAUAUACGCUGGUAAGCCAUAAAAUGCGCUUUAAAACUUACUCCAAUAUUUGCAUAGAAUAAUCUUUGCAUCAUUAUUUGUAAAAGUAUCAUUAUUGAUGUUCUUGUAUUGUAUCUUAUUCAAUAGAAUAAGUGAAAGUGUCCAGUGGGUUUAAGGAUCACUUAUUUAUUUUAGACAUUAUUACUAUAAAUAGCAUUUCUUAAUGCCCUAAAUUUUCUGUUUUUCAUUCUGUAAUGUUUGUUCCUUACAUGCAAGUUUACUUUGUAGGUUAUAAAAGUAAAAUGCUAUUUCAUCAUCAUGUUUAUGGAGAAUCGAGUGUUAGGCCUUGUCAUUUGUACUGUAUAUCUGCACUUUUGCAUCGUACUCGCUUCAAACCUGAUGUCUGUGAACAAAAGGUUUAUUUAAAGAGAGCUGACCCACUUAUAUAAACAUUAAAGCAGGAAAUUUUACUUUUGAGUUGAAUGAGGCCGCAGCUUUUCUUGCUGUUCAACCAAAGCCCACAAGAGAGCGUGUUUCACUUCAAAACCUCAAUUAUUGACCUGAAAAUAAAGAAGUUUGCCCUCUCUCUAUCAUCCCCUCAUAUAAAUCAUUUAUAUUUUCGUUUAUAUGCAGGGCGUCAGCAGAGAUGAUUAAGAGGCACAAAAGGAAAUAUGGUUUAGAGAAGUUUGCCUGCAAACUGGUUAUAGUUAUUUUAGUUACACGAAAAGAUUAUGCAUGCAUUAUUCAAAUAGUAUUGAGGUGUAUGAAUAUACUAUGUGUACAUGCACAUAUGUAUUUUCUCUAUUUGCACACCAUUCUUAAAUAUUUACAAGUAUGCAAUGUUUGAUAAUGUCUAACAUGAAAACAACACAGUCUUUUACAUAAACACUGAAACUUUGGAUUCGGUUCAAUCCCUUUCUCGGAGAUUGGUUUGUUUCUAUUUUAAAGUCAUUUUAUUUUUUUAAGUCCCUCAGCAAUUAUGAAACCUUUCUCAACGGCUUGAUUUAACACCGUUUUAAGUGUUCAAAGGGUUGCCUCCCAACACUUUAAAAUUAAUUUACUGGUUGUAGAAAUUGACAGACGCCUAACAUUUUAAAACUUAGUUUGAUAUACUUCCCAAUAGACUGCAAUGUCUCACAUAAGUAUAUUAAAUUGUAUUGGUGAAUUGAGCUGAACUAUCCACUAAAUACAAAUUUAUUUAAGUUUGUCGCACAUUUUCUAGGAAGUAAACACUGCUACAUUAAUGGAUUUUUAAGAUACUUAUCGAGAUUCAGCGAGUUAGAUGGAUUAAUGAUGACAUUAAAAAUAAAUGACAAUUUUCAAAUCUCAAUUCAGCCCUAUUAAUAGUCCAUUUGUCUUUGAUGUUUAUCUAAACAGUCAUCAGGCAUAGAGAGAAGGAGGG